AUGCCUUCUGUUAAACUAUGUUCACCAAGCCUCCUUUUUUUCAGUCGGCAGCAUGAAGAUGAUAAGCACAGCAGCUCAUCGUCUUCAUCAUCCAAAAGUGCUGCCCUUCCAUUCAAUCCAUUCACCAACCUCCCCUACACUCCAAAAUAUUAUGAACUUUACAGAAAGCGUAUUGGUCUGCCAGUGUGGGAGUAUCGUCCAAAGUUUUUUGAGUUGAUGGAGAACCACCAGGCUAUUGUUCUUGUUGGAGAGACUGGCUCUGGAAAGACGACUCAAAUGCCUCAGUGGUGUGUUGAGUUUGCCCGCAAGAAAGGCAAGAAAGGAGUUGCCUGCACCCAACCUCGACGUGUGGCAGCAAUGUCUGUUGCUCAAAGAGUAGCUGAGGAAAUGGAUGUAUCUCUGGGACAAGAAGUUGGCUACUCAAUUCGUUUUGAGGACUGCUCAUCUCAACGCACGCUCCUCAAGUACAUGACUGAUGGUAUGUUGCUCAGGGAGGCCAUGAGUGACCCCAUGCUCGAAAAUUAUCAGGUUAUUCUGCUUGACGAAGCUCACGAACGCACGCUGGCGACAGACAUCCUCAUGGGCGUUCUCAAGGAGGUGCUCAAGCAGAGAGCUGAUCUGAAGCUUGUCGUCAUGUCUGCUACCCUCGAUGCUGGCAAGUUCCAGACUUACUUUGACGGCGCUCCCCUCCUGAAUGUGCCAGGCCGCACUCACCCUGUUGAGAUCUUCUUCACCCCAGAGCCUGAGAGAGACUACCUUGAGGCAGCCAUCCGGACUGUUAUGCAAAUUCACAUGUGUGAGAAAGUGCCAGGCGAUGUUUUGCUCUUUCUGACGGGCCAGGAAGAAAUUGAGGAAGCAUGUAAGCGCAUCAAGCGUGAGGUGGAAGCCCUUGGUACUGAAGUGGGUGACCUCAUGUGCAUUCCUCUGUACUCUACGCUGCCUCCUAACCUGCAGCAGAGGAUCUUUGAGCCUGCACCACCCAACAAACCCAAUGGAGCGUUUGGCCGUAAAGUCGUUGUGUCAACCAACAUCGCCGAGACUUCCCUCACAAUUGAUGGCGUUGUUUUUGUCAUUGAUCCUGGUUUUGCCAAGCAAAAGGUGUACAAUCCUCGCAUUCGUGUGGAGUCGCUGCUCGUGUCGCCCAUCAGCAAGGCGUCUGCUCAGCAGAGAGCUGGCCGUGCAGGGCGCACGCGUCCUGGCAAAUGCUUCAGGCUCUAUACUGGCAAAGCUUUCAAGAAUGAAAUGCAGGACAACACAUAUCCUGAGAUCCUGCGUUCAAACCUCGGCUCCGUGGUGCUGCAGCUCAAGAAGCUCGGCAUCGAUGAUCUCGUGCAUUUUGAUUUCAUGGAUCCGCCCGCGCCCGAGACGCUGAUGCGCGCGCUGGAGCUCCUCAACUACCUCGCUGCUCUCGACGACGAAGGAACUCUUACGGAGCUGGGCGCGGUUAUGGCCGAGUUUCCACUCGACCCUCAGCUGGCUAAGAUGGUGAUUGCCUCCUGCGAGUUUAACUGCUCCAACGAAAUCCUCUCAAUUACGGCCAUGUUAUCAGUUCAACAAUGCUUCGUUAGACCAAAUGAAGCUAAGAAGGCCGCCGAUGACGCCAAAAUGAGGUUCGCGCACAUCGAUGGCGAUCACCUGACGCUUCUCAACGUCUACCACGCCUUCAAACAAAAUAUGGAAGACGUGCAGUGGUGCUAUGACAACUUCAUCAACUACCGCUCGCUCAAGUCUGCUGACAACGUUCGCCAGCAGCUCUCGCGUAUCAUGGAGAGGUUCAGCCUCAAGCGCACCUCCACCGAUUUUAACUCGCGCGACUACUACAUCAACAUCCGCAAGGCGCUCGUCUCCGGCUUCUUCAUGCAGGUCGCACAUCUUGAGCGGACGGGGCAGUAUCUGACGAUCAAAGAUAAUCAAAUGGUGCAGCUGCAUCCUUCUACUUGUCUUGACCACAAGCCUGAGUGGGUGCUGUACAACGAAUUUGUGCUCACCACCAAGAACUACAUCCGCACCGUCACCGAUAUCAAACCCGAGUGGCUGAUUAAGGUGGCCCCUGCGUACUACGACAUGGGCAACUUCCCGCAGUGCGAGGCGCGGCGUCAACUCGAAGCCAUCAUCACUAAGCUGGAGUCGAAGCAAUUCAGGGAAGGCUUUUAAGAACGAACAAGCUCGAGGGAACGUGGGAAACAAGAUACUUUCCUCGCCCCUCCAGGUUGCAUAAAUUCCACAAAAUUUGAGUCAUUACAGUUGAAACUUGACAGGCACUUGCUUAACACCCAACGCGAUUUACAAAAAUCAUAAUUUAUGUAAAUCAUUCUUUACUUAUAGACGGCGUGUUAUUUGUCACUAAAAACAACUAAAAUUUAUCUAUAUUUAUGUUAUUGAAAACAUUAAGUUUGCAAGACAAUCCAACUCGACAUGCUUGUUUAAACUAAGUAAAAUUUUGUGAGUUCGCGGAUAUAACACGAUUAUUUGCAUGUCGCUAACGGUGGCUAACAUUUGCUAAGUAGCAGAUUUUACUAUGUUCAUAAUGUAGGCUUAAGAUAACGAAAUGCGGUGUUUGCCGAAUGAUUACAUU